AUGGAAGUGGGGCGAGAUCACGAUGGACUUUGGAUGAGAUUACCAUUAACACCAUUAAAGCAUGAUACUGUCCGAUUGUUUGUCGAUCGUUUGACCAAAUCUGCUCAUUUCAUUCAAAUUAGGAAGGAUUGCAAGGUUUCUGAACUAGCUCGACUUCAUGUGGUUCAGUUUGAGGUUGGUGACUAUGUCUUCUUGAAAGUUACUCCCAUGCUUGGUGUGACGAGAUUUGGAGGGAAGGGUAAGCUAGCCCCGAGGUAUAUUGGACCUUUCGAGAUUAUCGAGAGGGAUGGGGAGGUCGAUUAUCAAUUGAACUUACCAGCGCGGUUGGGGCAUGUUCACAAUGUGUUCCAUGUGUCGAUGCUGAGGAAGUAUACUCCAGACCCAUCGCACAUCAUUGAGUAUGAGGCUAUCCCUCUUCAAGAGGACGUGACAUGUGAAGAACAACUUAUCAGAAUUUUAGCGAGAAAGUUAAAUGUGCUAAGGAAUAAAAAGAUUCCAGUAGUCAAGGGCUUAUGGCGAAACCAUAGAGAAGACGAGGCUACUUGGGAGUUAGAGUUGGAGUUGUAUGAGAAGUAUCCUCAUUUGUUUAAUUUUUAG